AAAUCACAAAACAAAAACGAAAAAGAAUACUCUGCAUUUAAGUGGCGCAAACCUAGUGAAUGUGUCGUCGGAAAGGCGUGUAUCUGAUGCCCAGAAGGUAGAUAUAUCCAAGUACCAGUCGUAAAUAUAUUAUUGAUGGCUUCUGAGAACUGGUAAAGACACAAGUGGAACGCGACUGUCUGUUUCCGGCCAGCCGCCACCGGCCUCCCCAUAAAGCCGUCGCGGAAGCUAUUUAUAUGCUUUCAUAUCCGUUGCCAUGGCCAGGUAAAAGAAUAUGAAGCAUAGACAGCCAAAAAGCCUAAAAAUAACGGAUCUGAACUAUGACGUAUUGAAGCAUGUAAUUUAUCAUGUAGCAAAAUCAUCUGAUGGAGCCAAGAGCUUCUGCAGAGCAAUAUCUGUUUGCAGACUGUUUAAGGAACUUGCAGAUGAUAGAGACAUUUUGAAAGUUGUCACAUUUGAUGAUAUAGAGCUGUCCUUUAUCCAUGAGUCAUUUUGGCUACCUACUGGCUUGUUGUGUACUUGUGUAGGGGCAGCAAAUUGGAGCGCUACUGACAAAAUAACUGAUUAUGCAGAAAUGCUGAAUGUGGCUCACAAGGACCUUAAAAGAGAUAUGUUCCGUGCAAGAGUGGUUCUCCUUGCAAAAAAUAUAGCUAUUAGAAUUGCAAAUACAAGGGCAAGGAAAAAGGCUCUAGAUGCAGCGAUAGAUGGUUGCAUGAAGGUAUGUGAUGUUGCUGACGCUCAAAUACAAAAACUUGAACAAUUCUUGCUAAUGCUCAAAGCUGCACAGAAAUCUCUCAAUGCUCAACUUGCAUAAUGAAUGACUUUAUUUGAUCGAGGGAGAUGUCGUUCGGUAAUAUGUCUUGUGCAUCGAAGAGGGUGGUAUACUAAAUGGAACACAAAGUUGGAAUAGAGGAUCUCCACCCGAGCUUUUCAUGCUACUGGUGUAUAUUUGAAGAGCUGGCAUGUUCUGGGAUACUCUAGGGUGCAAAUUAAAUCUCUCAGUGACGUUCUUGUUGAUUUAAUAUGAUGCUAGAGCAUUUGUGUCUUGAAAAAUGCAUCUCUCCCCUAAAAGCAUACAUGUAAUGUUGAGGCUGCUUUAAUUGUUAGAUGAUUUCUCUCUUGCUCCUGUUUUUUGUCAAUAAUUUUUUGUUUUAUCAACUUCAUAAGAGUGUUUUGUUAGUUAAGCUUCAUGGAAUCAGAAUAUUACCCACAAAUAUCUGGCAUUGGCUCAAUCAACUGAAUUUGGAGUAGUGUUGGUUGAACCGGUUGAAUUGGCUGAAUCUAUUAAACUA